AUGAGUAUAAGGAAAAAAAAGGAUGAAAAAAAUCAAGUUUUAACAACCAAUGUUUGGCUGGAUCAGCGGCGGUUUCGCUGGCAGGAAUGGGUAGACGAGCUCUUGCAUUGGGAUCCGAGCGAGUACAACGGCCUCGAGACGAUCCGGCUGCCCUGCGAGAGGAUCUGGCUACCGGACAUUGUGCUCUACAACAACGCCGACGACUACACGCGGGGCUACAUGCGGAGCAAGGCGAUGGUCGGCUACGAGGGGAAGGUGUUCUGGCCGCCGCCCACCAAGUUCCGCUCCACCUGCCCCGUGGACGUCACCUACUUCCCCUUCGACGACCAGACGUGCAUCCUCAAGCUCGGGUCUUGGAUCUACGAUGGCUUCCAGGUGGACGUAACCAACAGAACGGCUGAUGUUGAUCUUACAAACUAUAUUCCCAAUGGCGAGUGGGAAUUGCUGGAAGCAAGAAUCAUUAGGAAUGUCAUCUACUAUUCCUGUUGUCCUGAACCAUUCCCGGAUGUCACCAUUACAAUCACUAUAAGACGGAAAACCCUGUACUACAUGUACAACGUGGUUCUUCCGUGCAUGAUGAUGUCGGUGCUGACGCUGCUGGUGUUCUGUCUGCCGCCGGACUCCGGGGAGAAGAUCGCCCUCGGCGUCACCGUCCUCCUCGCCUUCAGCGUCUUCAUGCUGGCCAUCGCCGAGAAGAUGCCCGAGACCUCGGAGUCCAUCCCGCUCAUCGGCAUCUAUCUCACGGCGGUCAUGACCAUCACGUCGAUCAGCAUCAUCAUGACAGUCAUCGUGCUCAACUGUCAUUAUCGUGGGCCUAUUCAACGCGAGGUCCCCCCUUGGAUGAGAAGGUGAGGCAAAGGGGAGAAAAGUUUCGUUGUUUCUGUCUACGCUUUUUUUCUUUUUUUCUUUGUUUCUGAUGUUAUUGUUUGCUUCUUUUUCUAUUUCUUCCUUUCCCUCUCUCUCUCUCUCUCUCUCUCUCUCUCUCUCUAGAUGAAUAGAUAG